AUGAAGCUCUGUUGCCACGCGCCGGGCCGCCGCCCUGCCCUGCCGAGUAACCGCGUGGAAAACGCCGCGGGUCACGCGGCGCGGGGAGUCGCGAGGCAGCUGAGCCCGCCGGUGGCGUUGCGCGGCGGCGGCGGCUGGGGCGCGGCGGAGGCCGGCGGGAGGCUGGCCGAGCCCUGGGGCAGCAUCGCGGCAGGCUCGGCCUCGCUCUACGGCUGCUACAGAGCACAGGGUGAAGAGACUGCAGAGGUGCCUCAGCCCUACGCUGCUGCCCUUUCCACAGCAGAGCUCUCUGCACCUCUGGAUGCUUCUGCUCUGUACACACCAUGGUCCACCUGUGGAGAUGACCCCAAGCAGCCUGCUGCUUCCCAGGGCAGCAUCAAGUCCAGGGCUCAGCCUGAGAGGGAUGAUUAUGGCAGUGAGACAGAUCUGUAUGGGCUGGUGUCAGACAUCCUGGAGGAGCAGGAGAAGCCACAGCCAUACUGUGCUGAGGGGAGCUGCCCUUCCAGCCUGAAAGCUGUGUGGCCUGUGAGUGCCAGCAGGAUCCCAGAGCACCAGGAGCUGCUGCCCGAACCCAAGAGAGCCCUUGCUGGGGCCGCCUCUCCGCAGCGUUUCUACGGCGGUGAAGCUGUCCCUGGUGCUGAGAAGCAGUUCCUGCCGAGGGCAGAGGAGUGCUACCGCGGCCUGGCCGCCGGCAGCCUGGAGGAGCCGCGGCUGUACCCCGCCCGCAGCGAGCGCGCCGGCGGCCCGCAGGCCAGCGAGGCCCCGAGGGCCAGCCCUGCCUAUCAGUACUACCCCUACCUGAAGAGCACCUUUGCACCCCCGGCCGGCUGCUCAGAGCUGAGCAAAGACUUGGCAGCUGAGGCUUUUCCUUAUGGAAGGGAGAGGCUGGGUCCCAAGGGAGCAGAGGUGCAGCUGCACCAGAGGUGGGCAGAAUCCUCCCUCCCCCAGUUCCACAGGUACAGUGAGGGCACAGAUUACAGCAGGUUCCCUGAGUACCCUGCUGGCAUAGCCAAGCCUAACAACAGCUCCAGCUGCAGCCUCCAAGAAACUAAAUCAGCGACUGGGACCCCCAAGGCACCAUCCCUGGACACAGAACCCUACAGUAAAUUAUUCCAAGUAAAAUCUGGAACUCAGAAAAAGCCAGAAGAUAGAAUUGCUGAGCAGCUAAGCUUCCCCUUUCCCAGGGCUGCAGGGCUGCUACCAGAGAAGCAAUUCCCAAGUGAAGCUUCCUUCUGCACUGAUCUGGGGCCAAAACUGGAGUAUGGACUCAAAGCUUUCCCUCCUUGCCCAGGGGCUGGUGACUCUGCAAGUGGUGUGGAGAAGCAGCCUUUCCCCAAGGCUGACCUGCAGAGUUCAGAGUACUGCAAGCCCCUUCCCCUGUUUGCAGGCCCAGCAAACCCUGCCGUGGGCGCCGGCGUGAGGCCAGCCUGGCUGAACAGCCAAAGCAAGGCUGCUGCCCCUGGGCCGCCGCAGCCCCCCAGUCCUCUGGUGAAAUGGAACCAUCCUUUCCCUGCUUUCCUGAAGGGUUCCACUCACUCCAACGAGUUUUUCCAGCUCCCCUCUCCAGCUUUCCCCUUGAACAGCAGCUUGCUGCUCAAGCACAGCCAGGAGAGCCCUGCCUUCGCCUCGGGCCUCGACUUGGGUUACAGCAGCGCAGAGCGAGCUCGGCCCGCCGCCUGCCUCGAGGCGCUGGGCAGGGCUGGAGAGGAGACCCUCCUGGAGUAUCUGAGUGAGAAGAAGCUAAAGCAGCCCAAUGGCUUCUGUGACAGCUUCUCAGCUCAGCAGUUCGGCAUCAUCGACAGCCUGAGCAAGCACUGCUUCCAGCUGAAGCCCCCGAGCGAGCGCCGCGACCUGCAGGGGCAGAAGCACGUGGAUGGCUGGCUGCAGACCAUGUACCAAGAGCUGCUGGAGUCUCAGGGCCAGUUCCCCCUGGGGAAGGGGAGUGGGGACCCUCUGAGCUGCCUGCAGGCCCCCAGCCUUCCCAGCAGCUGCCUGAUGGGGGACUUGAGGGGCAGCCAGCAGCUCGGCUCCGGCGCCUUCCCCUUGAGGUCCUCUCAUCUCUUCGGCCACUCAGUCCUUCCUCUGCUGGAGCCUCCUGACUUGUUCCCCCGUGAGGAUGUGAAGCACUUCUACCCUUACUUCAGCAGGAAGAUGUGUGGUGACACUUCUGCUGCUGCCUUUGGCCCAGCAUUUGCAGCUCCAAGGCAGGGGAAGACCCGUGGUGGGCCUGCCAGCGAGCUCCACCUCAGGCUGGAGGAAUGUUACGAGCAGUGGAAAGCUCUGGAGAAAGAAAGAAAGAAGACUGAAUCAGCUCUAGCAAAGAACUUCCAGGGGAAGAAGGUUUCCAGUGCCAACAACAUCCCAAUCCCCAGGCUGCCCUCCAAGCCCUCCAGGGUGGAUCGCCUGAUCGUGGACCAGCUGCGGGAGCAAGCCAGAGUGGUGACCCUGCUGGGGAAGAUGGAGAGGCUGCGCAGCUCCCCGCUGCACGCCGGCGUCGCCGCCGCGCUGGACAGGCACCUGGAGCGCAUCCAGGCCCUGCAGGCGCGCAGGAAGGAGGAGCUGGUCAGCGCCUCCGCUCGGCAGAGGCAAGGAGCUCCCAGGGGCCAGGACGACAGAGGUGUCCUGGCUCUGGCGCUGGCGGUGGGCGAGCUGAGCGCAGCCACCCGCAGGACCCGCACCACGCUCUGGUGCGCCCUGCAGAUGACCUUGCCCAAACCCGCCGCGGGCAAGGCGGCGGCGGCGGCUCCUCAGCUGGAGGGGUGA